CAUUAUGAGCCAAUCCUACAAAAAGCACAGUAGCUCCCAUCGACUAAUCAGCCUAAAAAUAUUUAAUCUAUUCAUACCGUAAAACGAAACGCGAAUUACUUUAAGAAUUCGUCUCUCGUGUAAUUGCGGUUUAUGAUACACUCCCUGAAUUAGAAAAAAUGAAACACUCUUUAACAACUGAAUUCCAGUCACUGAGUCGCAGAGUGAUGAUGUCAUGCAGUCCGGCCAUGUGUCUCUGGGAGACGUGAGGGGUAGCCGAGAGUUUGUUGGGGACUGUUCGUCCUCUUUCUGUGUUGCUGGUUUCAGUUGAAGACCAAACAUGUCUUCGAGUUGUCGUAGACCCGAGCAUAUGGCACCGCCAGAGGUGUUCUACAAUGAAGAGGAGGCCAGGAAGUAUUCACAGAACUCCCGUAUGAUCGAGAUCCAGACCCAGAUGUCUGAGAGAGCCGUCGAGCUCCUGAACCUGCCCGAGGACCAGCCCUGCUACCUCCUGGAUGUGGGGUGUGGCUCGGGGCUCAGUGGGGACUACCUCUCCGAACAGGGACACUACUGGGUAGGAGUGGACAUCAGCACGGCCAUGCUGGAUGUGGCCCUUGACCGGGAGGUGGAGGGAGACCUGCUCCUGGGAGACAUGGGACAGGGCCUGCCCUUCAGGCCCGGUGCCUUCGACGGGUGCAUCAGCAUCUCGGCCCUGCAGUGGCUGUGCAACGCGGACAAGAAGACGCACAGCCCCCCCAGGCGUCUGUACAGGUUCUUCAGCACGCUCUAUGGCGCAUUGGCCCGGGGCUCUCGUGCUGUGUUCCAGAUUUACCCCGAGAACUCGGAACAGCUGGAGCUGAUCACGUCCCAGGCCAUGAAGGCUGGCUUCACUGGUGGCAUGGUGGUGGAUUACCCUAAUAGCACCAAGGCUAAGAAGUUUUUCCUCUGCCUGUUUGCUGGGGUCUCUGGAGUCUUGCCGAAGGGCCUGGGCACAGAGACUGUGGACAGGGGGGUCUCUAAUCAAGCAGUAUUCACUGGACAGAGGUCCCGUUUCAAGCAGAUGAAGGGGAAAUCGGUGAAGAAAAGCAAGGACUGGAUCCUGGAGAAGAAGGAGAGGCGGAGACGACAGGGCAGAGAGGUCCGUGCCGAUACGAAGUACACCGGGCGACAGAGGAAACCCCGGUUUUAAUCAGCCAGUGGGGCGUGACCAUGUCCUCCGUGGCGUGAACUUUAUGAACUGGGUUUGCUGUGCCACAGAAGAGGGGAGAACAGGUUGGAAAGGUGUUCCUGGCCUUGCGUUUUGGAGGAGAAACUUCCCCGAAUGGGAAUUAUGAACUGCUCAACCCUUAUAUCUGCAGCUCAAGCAGAGAGCUCUCCAGCGCCUUCCUGUAUAAUCGUUCUUACUACAGUUUGCUUUUUUUUCUGGAAAUCUACAAGUGCUUUUUUCCCCCAGUGUCAUGAAGGCAAUAUUGGGUGAUUUUGACCCAUGAAUAAUAUCUGAUUAAACUCUUUAUUUUACCAUG